UGCAGCCCCCUGGGCCAGUAUCAUGAUACCAGGCGCUUUCGUCAGCUGUUAUGCCCUGACCUCUCUUGUGAGGUCUGUAAUAAUGUAACCGCUGAGGUCAAUCAGCUGCUGUUCCCAGAUGGCCUGGAAGAUGCUACUCCUUCUGCAUCCCCUUUGGCUUCCGGAGAUUCUGUGACUAAGUCAUCAUCCACUUUGUCCUCUGCCUUCUCAGCAGUAUCUCCAGGAGACCUAACACCAGCUCCUCUGCCUGAGCCUUUCCCACCGCCGCCCCGAAUUCUCUCACCUAACCCAAUGACACCCUUAGCCGACUUUCUGUCACCUUCACCACUGGGUCACUCUCUGCCAACAGAGCCUUUUCCUCCCUUGGAAUCCGCAUUCCCAGCGGCCCAUUCCCCACCCCCACUUCUUGCAUUUUUCCCUCUCCCACCACAUGACACUCUGAGAGUGGAUCCUCUUCUCCAAGCAGAGGCCACUUUGACUCUGAAUACCAUC